UUUCCCUUUUUUUUUUUUGCUUUUUAGUAUGAACAACGAGAGUCUUGUUACUUUACAGGUCGAUCGUCUCCAUUGACCAAUAUAUUACUGCGUAUUCCAAUUUUCUCGUUGACUGUCCGUCGGGCAGCUGCAAGUAUACCAUUGGUAAGGACGGCAAAAUGUGAAUAUCAAAACAUUUGCGUCAUUGUAAAAAUGCGACCGAUCAAGUGCAACGUGGAGAACAAUUUUUCUCCGGUUAGGUUGGAUGAGGAAUUGACAUAGCUGGGUUGUUUAAAAUGUCGAAAUGAGAGCUGAAAAAACUACUGCUUUUUUCUUACAUUUUCCAUUUCGGAUCGUUUCAUGUUGCGAGCUUUUAAUUACAUUCCACGCAUUGUUCACGACGUACCUCUUGUGGGUUUGACAAGACGUACCAUCCACACGUCUCUAUCACAAUUCCGAGUAUUUGGGCAGCAGCCCCCGCACGGCAAGGAAUCAACAGGACCAUUAUCCAGUAAAUAUCCUGUCAUUGAUCACGAGUAUGACGCCGUUGUGGUGGGUGCAGGUGGAGCCGGUUUGCGUGCUGCUUUUGGCCUUGCCGAAGCUGGAUUCAAUACGGCCUGUGUCACAAAACUGUUUCCCACCCGUUCCCAUACAGUUGCUGCACAGGGAGGCAUCAAUGCUGCUUUGGGCAAUAUGACCGAGGAUGACUGGCGAUGGCAUAUGUAUGAUACUGUCAAGGGAUCCGAUUGGCUCGGUGAUCAAGACGCCAUCCACUACAUGUGCCGGGAAGCGCCUCACACGGUCAUUGAACUGGAAAAUUACGGUGUGCCAUUUUCACGUACCGAAGAUGGCAAAAUCUAUCAAAGAGCCUUUGGAGGUCAGAGUCUCCACUAUGGCAAAGGAGGUCAAGCCUAUCGAUGUGCCGCGGUAGCCGAUCGAACGGGUCAUGCCGUGCUGCAUACAUUGUAUGGUCAAUCGUUGCGCCACAGUACCAAUUUCUUUGUGGAAUAUUUUGCGUUGGAUCUUUUGAUGGAAAAAGGGGAAUGCAAAGGUGUGAUUGCAUUGUGUAUGGAGGAUGGAACACUGCAUCGGUUCCGAGCUCAUAAAACCGUAUUGGCCACCGGCGGGUACGGUCGCGCCUAUUUCUCAUGCACCUCUGCACAUACAUGUACCGGGGAUGGCAAUGCCAUGGUCGCCCGCGCCGGUCUACCUCUUCAAGACCUAGAAUUCGUGCAGUUUCAUCCCACCGGUAUCUAUGGCGCUGGUUGUCUCAUCACCGAAGGAGCUCGUGGGGAAGGGGGUUUCCUCGUCAAUGCUCAAGGCGAACGAUUCAUGGAACGGUACGCACCCACGGCCAAAGAUCUGGCGUCGCGCGAUGUCGUAGCGCGAGCCAUGACAUUGGAAAUCAUGGAUGGCCGUGGUGUUGGUGCCGAAAAAAAUCACAUCCACUUGCAACUGCAUCACCUGCCUGCGGACGUGCUGCAGGAACGAUUGCCAGGCAUCUCUGAUACCGCUGCCAUUUUUGCCGGCGUGGAUGUCACCAAGGAACCUAUUCCCGUAUUGCCCACCGUUCACUACAACAUGGGAGGAAUUCCUACGCGAUUUACCGGUGAAGUAUUGCGAGUCAAUGACGAUGGAGAAGACGAAGUGGUGCCCGGGCUUUAUGCCGCAGGCGAAGCGGCCUGUGUGUCUGUUCACGGCGCCAAUCGCUUGGGCGCCAACUCGUUGUUGGACAUUAUCGUGUUUGGUCGAGCAGUGGCACAUCACAUCAAGGAAACCUUGGAACCCAAUACACCUUGCGAACCUUUGGCACGGGCCGCAGGCUCGGAAACCAUCGCCAUGCUGGAUCAGUUGCGACACGCCAACGGUUCGUUGCCCACAGCACGCAUUCGAGCCGACAUGCAACGCGUCAUGCAAGCCAAAGCCGCAGUCUUUCGAACCCAAGAAACAUUGAAUCAAGGUUGCGAUGAAAUUGAUGGUGUGUGGAAUUCGUUCCGGGAUGUAAAGACGACAGAUCGUAGCAUGAUCUGGAAUACCGACUUGAUUGAGACAUUGGAAGUGCGCAAUUUGUUAACGUGUGCUUCUCAGACCAUGCACGCGGCUGCGGCCCGUACAGAAUCUCGAGGGGCUCACGCCCGUGAAGACUACCAGGAACGCGACGAUGAACACUGGAUGAAGCAUACUUUAUCAGUCCAAAAUCACGAAACAGGCGAAGUCACGUUAACUUAUCGCCACGUUAACGAUCAUACCCUGGACGAAAAUGAAUGCAAACCCGUGCCACCCUUUAAACGUACCUAUUAAAAAUAAAAAUAA